GAGUGAGGGGCACCGGCAGAGCUGUUGGGGGCAGGGUUGGAGUAGCAGGGGGCUCCGGGUCGGGAGUGAGGGAACUAAUUUAAUGUUCCCUGGUUCCAGGGGGUGAGAUUUUGGGGGAUUGUGUCAAUCGCCUGGAUAAACCUUAAUAAAUAGGUUUAACACCUUUGGGUCCGUUGUAUUUAAAAUGUGGCUGUGUAUGUGGAUAUGUCAACACUUACAAUGCCAGUGGUGCAGCUUCGGUGGAGGCAGGGAGGAGUUAAUCCCGUCCCGGGGCGCUGUCUGCACCGGGGUUAGGUCGGCUUGCUCUGGGGAGUGGAUUUUUCACAGCGCUAAGCAACCUGUCGCUCUGACUUCUCGGUGUAGCCCAGGCCUGGUGUUGCAGAGUUGUGUGCCAGUGGGAGCUGCCCGGAGAGACAGCUGGGUUCCCGGCAGCCGCGCCAUGUUUGACGAAGGGGGGUGGAACAAGGAGGAUGGCGGGGAGGCUCUCAGCCAGGCUCUCCUGCACCCUCGGUGCCGCCCUGCCCAGCGCUGCCCCCCGGUGAGCCCCCCUGUCCUUCCAGAGACGUGGACUCACCUGCCUCCCAGAGGCUCCUUGCACAAGCAGCGCAGACGGCUCCUCGCGACCCUGCAGCGCCUGGAGGCUUCGAGCUGCACGGAGCCUCCUCAGAGCCCCGGGCCCCUGUCGGGGGACAGCGAAUCUGAGUCUGACUCUGCGGACCGGGCGGGGAGGAAACAGCCCAGGAAACAGAGACGGGGCCUGAAACCCAGAGCUGCCUCCUCCCCCCGUAUCGCCCAACGGGCUCCAAGCGGCUCCAGCGCUCCCCAGGCAGGGCCAGAGCCAGACCCAGCUGGCAGGAGACGGAGGAGAGAUUGUGCAGCAGAGGCCCCUGGGGACAAAGCGCGCACGCCCAGCAAAGAGCCGCCGAGCCGGGAGCCGGGCGCAGCCACUGGCGGGCCUGGUCCAGUGCUGAGCAGGAAGCAGUGGAGGAACAAACAGAAGAAUAAAAGGCGACAGAAGAACAAGUUCAAAGUGGGCGUGGGGCUGGAUGUGGGGCAGAGCCUGGACUUGGGGCUGGAUGUGGGGCAGAGCCUGGGCGGGGGGCUGGAUGUGGGGCAGAGCCUGGGCGGGGGGCUGGAUGUGGGGCAGGGGACCUCGGCACUGCCCCCGUCGGAGCUCUCGGGGGCGCUGCGGGCCCGGAUGGAGGAGCGGCUCCAGUCAGCCCGUUUCCGCUACAUCAACCAGCAGCUCUACACGUCCAGCAGCCAGGAGGCAGCCCGGCUCUUCCAGCACGACCCUGCUGCCUUCGCCAUCUAUCACCGCGGCUUCGCCCGGCAGGUGGGGCGCUGGCCCGAGAAUCCGGUUCACCGCAUUAUCCAAUACCUGCGGGGGCGGCCGGCCUCGCUGGUGGUGGCAGACUUUGGAUGCGGCGACUGCAAGAUUGCGACCAGCGUCAGGAACAAGGUUCACUCGUUCGACCUGGUGGCUCUGAGCCCACGUGUCACUGUGUGCGACAUGGCCAAGGUGCCGCUGGCAGACGAGUCUGUGGAUGUCGCCGUGUUCUGCCUGGCGCUGAUGGGCACCAAUCUGCGGGAGAUCCUGGAAGAGGCCAACCGGGUGCUGAGGCCAGGGGGCAUGCUGAAGGUGGCAGAGGUUGCCAGCCGCUUCGCAGACAUCCGGGCCUUUGUGAGUGCCGUGACUCAGCUGGGCUUUCAGAUUGUCUCCAAGGACCUGGACAAUCCGUUUUUCUACAUGUUUGAUUUCUCCAAGACGGGGCCCCCCCGGGCUGGGGGGAAGCUGCUGGGCCUGGCGCUGAGACCCUGCCUCUACAAGAAGCGCUGAGGGGCCCCUCAGCUGGUGUCUGCCCUGGGGCCCCACCCCUGCCCUGCUGGGGGCCCCACCCCUGCCCUGCCUGGGGGCCCCGCCCUGGGGGCCCCACCCCAUGCCCUGUCCCGGGGGCUCCGCCCUGGGGGCCCCACCCCAUGCCCUGUCCCGGGGGGCCCCACCCCUGCCCCGCCUGGGGGCCCUGCCGCAUUGGGGGGGCUGGGGAGCUGUUUAGUCUCCCAGACAUGCCUGGGG